AGCCAUUUUGGCUGAAGCAGCAAACAACCACGCCGUGCGAGUGCCGACUUGUUUCGCGCUGCAGAAACGUGGAGCCAUGCCUCCUUCGCAGAGCCGUGUGCUGGUGGUGGGCGGAAGCUUCGCGGGCCUGUGCAUCGGGCGCGACCUGAAGAAGGAUUUCUUGGUCACCAUCGUGGACGCGAAGGAGUUUUUUGAGUACACGCCAGGCGUGCUGCGCGCGUAUGUGAAACCGAAACACCUCGACGCCCUGACGUUCACGCUGUACCCCGUGAUCGAGUACCAGAUGGGCCUCAAGUUCAUCUGGGGCGAAGUCCUGGAGAUGAAGCCGGACAGGACCGCCGUGAUCAAGCCGAUGUUCACGACGGCGCAGGAGACGAUCGACUUCGACUACUCCAUCAUCGCGGCGGGGUGCAAUUUCGGCGUCUUCCACAAGUGGGGCGAGUCCCUCUGGUUCCCGACCAUACACGAGAAGGCGCGUCCAGAGGGAUCGUGGGCGCACAUUGACGAGCGAUUCCUGGAGGGCCGCCGCCGCCACGUCCUGGAGGAGUACAAGAGCAUCCGCGAGAUGAAUGCGGCGAAGGCCUCCGUGAUGGUGGUCGGCGCUGGCUUCAUCGGCGUCGAGUGGGUCACGGAGCUGGAGCACUUCUUCCCCAGCCUCUCGCUGGCGAUCUGCGACAUGCUGCCCAAGUGCCUGGGCCCCCUGCCCGAGAGCGCCGCGGAGUACUGCGUCAAGUACAUGAAGAGGAAGGGGAUCACGCAGAUCUAUGGCGAGAAGUUCGACGAGAAGAGCCCAGAGUACCUGGCAAAGACUGGCCUGAAGGACAAGAGCGGCAAGCCCGGCUGGGACAAGAAGUACGUCUGUGUCGGCGUGAAGGCGUCCAACUACUUCAUGCCCGAGGAGACCCUCAGCACCGUGGGCCCGGGCGGCGGCAAGUGGAUCCUCAUGGACCAGACCCUCGCGGUGAGGACGAGGGAGGGCAAGCGCUGGUCCGUGGACGAGAAGGGCUACGGUCGCAUCUACGCCGUGGGCGACUGCAACUUCGGCUGCGUCGAGAUCCCCCCUGACGACCCGGACCUGCUGCGCGAGGCCACGGGCCAUAUCUCUGGACCAUUCCUUGGCGGGGCGUCCACGAAGGCCGACAUCACCGUCACCGGCGACCAGGUGUUCAAGAGGUUCGACGAGGUGAUGAUUGCGGAGAAGAAGUACGAGAUCCUGUCCAUCACCGCGCCGAAGACCCACGGGGCCACCACGGUCUACUCCGUGGUGAUGGGCACGCCGUUCGCCGGCAAGGCCGCCGGCGCCGGGGUCGAGGUGAAGAAGGUCGGCGGCGCGGGCCGCAGCAUCAACGCCUGGCCCGUGCCGCCGAUCCCCAAGAUCUCGUACCCGGGCGAGGAGGAGAGGCCGUCAUCGCGUGCGCCAACAUCCACAGGAUCGAGAAGCUGAAGCACGGCAAGACCGUCGACUGCUGCUACGCGCCACUGCAGCCGGCGAAGAUGCACUGGCCCUGGGGCGCCGGCAUGUUCGCCACUUCGCUCGGGCCCGACACCGCGUGCUUCGUGGCGGGGGCCAACUGGCAGAAGAACUCGGGCCUGUGCUGCGUGUGGGGCCCGCCCUGUGCAGUGCAGAAGGAGAUCAUCGAGGCCUCGAAGACCGACGAGUGCGCGAACGGCGUGAUCGGGCGCAUGAUCUGGCACUUCGUGCACCACACGCCGGUGCACCUUUUCGGCGGCGCCCCCCGCUGGGGCUACUGAGCCGCCCUCCUCGGCGGCACCGCGCCCCGGCCUCGCGGCACGAGGCGGCGGCCCCGCGCCGCCGGAUUUUGAGGGCCCCGCCGGCGGCCGGGGGGCGGGGCGCGGCCGGCGCCGGGCGCUGGCGGCUCCAGGCGAGCAGUGGCGUAUCGGGCCGGGCGAAAGGGGGGGAUUGGGAAAGGGGGGGUUACGAAAUUUCGCGCUCGUCGAUGUGGGCCCACCAGAGAAAGUGCUGAGAGCCUUUCGUGGUCUGCACGAGGUGCUCUCAGAGCAGUUCUGGCCGAGGCCGUCUUGUCUUGAGACGUCCGGCUUAUGCUCUGAGAGAGCAUCGUUUUUGUUGUUCGAGAUCUUGUGGUUCUCAGAACACCUCGUGGUAGGCCUACAGCAAAGCCGGGACGGUCGGUCCCUGCUCCAUCAAAUGUGGGUCGACGAUCCACAGGUCGGAG